AUGGGCAAGUCUACUAAGUGGUUAAAGAAUGUACUACUUGGAAAGAAACAAUCUAAGUCUAGUGGUUCCAAAGGAAAAGAGAGAGUUGUGAGUGGAAAUGAGAUACUGGUUACUGCAAAGGUAGAAGAGUCCGAUGUGGUAUCAGAUCUUCCAUCUUUUGCUCAUCCAGCGACCAAUUCCGUUGAUAGAAGCAGUGGUAUGUUAGAGACACAUGAUGUAGAACUUGAAGAGAUCUCAGAUGAUGAGAUACAACUUUCUGAAGGAAAACCAACAGAUUUUCAAAAUGCUGCACCUAUGCCCGAGAAUUCACUCUCUGACGCAGAGAGAAUCCAACAAGUGAUUGCGGCAACGUCUGUGCAGGCUGCGUUUAGAGGUUACUUGGCACGGCGUGCAUUUUGGGCACUCAAAGGCAUAAUUAGGCUACAAGCACUUAUUCGUGGUCACCUGGUUAGGAGGCAAGCUGUUGCAACUCUUUGCUGUGUCAUGGGAAUUGUUAGGUUGCAAGCGCUUGCUCGAGGAAGAGAGAUCAGAAAUUCCGACUUUGGAGUUGAAGUUCGUAGGAAUUGUAGAUUGCAUCUGCUUCAGAACAACCUUGGCAACCCUCCUGACAUAGAUGCUUACCUGGGAAUCAAGAAUCUAACUGCCAAUGCUUUUGCUCAGAAGCUUCUCGCUUCAUCGCCAAGAAUGAUACCUGUACAUGUCCCCUAUGAUACAUCCAGUCCAAACUCAAACUCGACGUGGUUAGAGAACUGGUCAGCCUCCUGCUUCUGGAAACCAGUUCCUCAACCAAAGAAAACAACGGUGAGAAAACCCCAGAACAGACUUGCCAAUAAUGCACACAUAGCAGAGGCAGAAUCUGCUAAGCCCAAGAAGAGUGUCCGUAAAGUUCCUGCUGCGAAUUUUGAAAGUUCCUCAGUACAGACAUCUUUUGAGUUUGAGAAACCCAAACGCAGCUUCCGGAAAGUUUCAAGCCAGUCUAUAGAACCACCCGCUGUUGAAAAUCCUCAGAUUGAACUUGAAAAAGUUAAACGUAGCUUGAGGAAGGUACAUAAUCCUGUAGUUGAGAGCUCCAUCCAAUCUCAACCAGUCCCUCAUAUGGAAGUUGAGAAGCCAAAGCCUGGUAUAGAGAAGAUAACUGGAUCAUCAUAUCCGGUGGUUCAUGAACCCGUGGAAGAACCUGCGAAUGUCUUUGUCGAAAAGAAAAAGAAAGAAUUGCCUGAACAGCCUGAAGAGGUACAUGUUCUUGACGUGGAAGCGCAUACUCCUGGACCACUGGAAACCAAUGAAGCACUUGAUUCCUCAAUGGUCAACCAAAUCGACAGCAACGAAAAAGCCAUGGUUGAAGAAACACCCUCAAUGGAAAAGGAUGCAAAAGAAGCGAAAACUCCCAAACCAAACAAUAAGGAGAAUUCAGCCGGGAAGGAGAACCAGAAGUCCAGGAAAAAGGGUUCGGCUACUAACAAGACCGAGCGUGAAGAGAGUAAUGGGCAUCAUCAGACUAGCCCAUCAAUCCCAAGCUAUAUGCAAGCAACUAAAUCGGCGAAAGCCAAGCUGAGGCUACAAGACUCACCAAAGUCUGCUGAGCAAGAUGGGACUGAGAAAGCCAAUGUUCCCAGACGUUACUCUCUACCAUCUUCAGGUAGCAGGGUUACCUCUCACUCUCCAAGAACAGGGAGACUCGCAAACUCAGGUGACAAAACCGGGAACAAGAAGGAGAAACCUCUUUUGUCGUCCCGAGAAGGAAAUGCAAAGACAACUCCGGUAGAGCGGAAGAGGUGA